GUUAACUGGUUUUAUAUCAUCUUUCAAUUUAUUCGUGUCCUCGUCAGUCUCCUCAGAGCGACAGAUCACGGAAGCCCUUCACUAAACCCUAACCCAGUCUGCGGUUCUACUGUUUCUGGGCUUCAACAUGAGUAAGCCAAUGGAGGAAGAUGCAAACGGUGGCAAGACUGAGGAAGAGGAGUUCAACACGGGGCCACUUUCUGUGCUGAUGAUGAGUGUUAAGAAUAACACCCAGGUGCUAAUAAACUGCAGAAACAACAGGAAGCUUCUUGGUCGUGUGAGGGCUUUUGAUCGUCACUGUAAUAUGGUUCUUGAAAAUGUUAGGGAGAUGUGGACUGAGGUGCCCAAAACUGGGAAAGGCAAAAAGAAAGCUCUUCCAGUCAACAAGGAUAGGUUCAUCAGCAAGAUGUUUCUCCGGGGAGAUUCUGUUAUCAUUGUGCUUAGGAAUCCAAAGUGAGACGUAACGGUGUCAAUAAUGUUUGGCGCUCGAAGGAAACAUGAACUACCCGCCUGCAUUUUGUGACCUUUAAUAGAAUUUCAUGAGAGAACAUUAACAAAUCUUGUCUGCCUGGUAUUGCUAAUUGUGUCGGAUAUUGGGUCAUUUUUACCAUCUGUUUUGGGAAGUUUGUUCUAGUGUGUUUUAUGUAUUAGGAUAUGUGGCUUUGUGCUAAUAUUUCAUAACUUCACCCUGUUUGGUGCUAGUUAAAGUAUUAAUGUGUAGCAAUUAUGACCUAGAUAUUCGUUUCUA